AUGGUCGAAAAGUCAUGGGUUCAUCUAAACAGAGCUGAUCCUGGUUAUGAGAGUGGUGCGUGGGAAUUUGUGAGGUGUGUUGGUGCAGAUUUGCGAGAGUCUGAGUUGAUCAUUUGCCCAUGUAUUGAUUGUCGCAAUGUAGCUCGUCACUCAGCCAGUGUUAUUGUGGAUCAUCUAGUAACAAGAGGAAUGGAUUUGAGUUACAAGAUGAGGGAGGAUUGGUAUCACCAUGGAGAAGUAAUGUCAGGGACUGACAGUAGAAGCAAUGGAAGUGAGAAGAGGAAUGAGAUUUUAGGGUUAUACCAAGCAGCUGCCUUUGUUGAUGAAGAGUUUCUUAGGCAUGGUGACUUAAGUGAGGUUGCUGAAGGUGAAGAUAAGGCAGAAGAUGAGUUUCUUGCUAAGCUAGCCGAUGCAGAAACACCUCUGUAUCCAAGUUGUGCUAACCACAGCAAGCUCUCUGCAAUUGUUUCACUCUUUAGGAUAAAGACUAAGAGUGGUUGGUCUGAUAGAAGCUUCGAUCUGCUGCUUGAGACUUUGCCACAGAUGCUACCCGAGGAUAAUGUCUUGCACACGUCCUUGUACGAAGUGAAGAGAAAGGAGUUUGAGAAGCUAGACAAAUGUCCGAAAUGCAAUGCUUCAAGAUGGAAGAUUAACUUGCGCACAGGUGAUGUGAAGAAAGGUAUUCCACAGAAAGUUCUAAGGUAUUUUCCCAUAAUCCCACGGUUGAAGAGGAUGUUCAGGUCAGAGGACAUGUCAAAGGACUUGAGGUGGCAUUUUACUAAUAAGAGCACUGAUGGAAAAAGCAGACAUCCGGUUGAUUCUGUUACUUGGAAUCAAAUGAAUGACAGAUACCCUUCAUUUGCCGCUGAAGAAAGAAAUCUUCGGCUUGGGCUGUCCACAGAUGGGUUCAAUCCUUUCAACAUGAAGUAUGUGAACUACAGCUGUUGGCCUGUUUUGCUUGUCAUUUACAACAUGUCACCUGAAAAGUGUAUGAAGGAGGAGAACAUCAUGUUGUCGUUGCUGAUUCCUGGUCCAAGCCAACCUGGUAACAAUAUUGAUGUGUACUUAGAACCGCUUAUAGAGGAUCUAAACCACCUGUGGGAGAAAGGAGAGUCAACGUAUGAUGCAGUCAGCCACACCACUUUCACAUCAAGAGAUAUGCUUCUCUGGACUAUUCAGGAUUUUCCAGCAUAUGGGAAUCUUGCAGGCUGCAAAGUAAAGGGAAAAAUGGGUUGUCCUGUGUGUGGAAAAAACACAGACAGUAUGUGGUUGAGUAACUGCAGGAAGCACGUUUAUAUGUCCCAUCGGAAAGGUCUUCCUCCCACACAUCCUUAUAGAGGAAAGAAAGCAUGGUUUGAUGGGAAAGCAGAGCAUGGGAAAAAGGGUAGAAUUCUGAGUGGUCAUAACAUAAGCCAUAUACUUAGAAAUUACAAGAAUGAUUUUGGAAAUGUGAAAGUAACUGGUAGGAAGAGGAAGAUUAAUGAGACGGUUGGAUCAGACUCCAAAGACCAAUAA